AUGGUCGGCUGUGACUAUGAGCUGGAUUCCAAUGCCACAGAGGAUCGUUGUGGCGUGUGCCUGGGAGAUGGCUCUGCUUGCCAGACUGUGAGGAAGAUGUUUAAACAGAAAGAAGGAUCUGGUUAUGUUGACAUUGGGCUCAUUCCAAAAGGAGCAAGGGACAUAAGAGUAAUGGAAAUUGAGGGAGCUGGAAACUUCUUGGCCAUCAGGAGUGAAGACCCUGAAAAAUAUUACCUAAAUGGAGGAUUUAUUAUCCAGUGGAAUGGGAACUAUAAGCUGGCAGGAACCGUAUUUCAGUAUGACAGAAAAGGAGACCUGGAAAAACUGAUGGCAGCAGGUCCCACCAAUGAGUCAGUGUGGAUCCAGCUCCUAUUCCAGGUGACUAACCCAGGCAUAAAGUAUGAAUACACUAUCAGGAAAGACAGCUUUGACAAUGAUGUGGAGCAGCUGGUGUAUUUCUGGCAGUAUGGCCACUGGACAGAGUGUAGUGUGACGUGUGGAACAGGUAUCCGCCGUCAGACUGCCCACUGCAUGAAGAAGGGCCAUGGGAUGGUGAAAGCUACAUUCUGUGACCCAGAAACUCAGCCCAACGGCAGACAAAAGAAGUGCCGUGAAAAGGAUUGUCCACCCAGAUGGUGGGCAGGGGAAUGGGAAGCAUGUUCAGCGACAUGUGGGCCCUAUGGAGAGCAGAAGCGAACAGUGCUGUGCAUCCAGACCACUGGCUCUGAUGAGCAGGCCCUCCCAGCAACGGACUGCCAGCAUCUGCUGAAACCUAAGGCACACAUUUCCUGCAACAGAGACAUCCUGUGCCCAUCGGACUGGACAGUGGGCAACUGGAGCGAGUGUUCUGUCUCCUGUGGUGGUGGAGUGCGGAUUCGCAGUAUCACAUGUGCCAAGAACCAUGACGAACCUUGUGACGUGACCAGAAAACCCAAUAGCCGAGCUUUAUGUGGCCUCAGGCAGUGCCCAUCUAGUCAGAGAGUUCUGAAACCCAACAAAGGCACAAUUUCCAAUGGGAAAAAUCUACUGACACCUGAGCAAGAUCCCUCAAAGCGCAUCCUUCCACCUACAUCCAGUCCCACAAUGCUGACCACGCCCGUAGUGUCUAAAUCUGUGAGUGCAAGUACUCUGGCAGUCAACACCCAGAGUCCUACCACAGUCACCACCGGACACCUUGAUGGGAAACAGUGGCAAAAUAGUUCAACCCAAACUAUGCUGGAUCCCCACUAUAUCAUUUCCACUGGGAGUACUUCCCUGCCCAUCCUCACAUCUUUGUCUCCAAGUCUCCAGUCAACUGAUAAUAUUUCCAAUCCAGGUACUGCUCCUACCUUGGGAGACCUAGCUACAAGUGCUUCUGACUUGUCAUCUUCCAGCAAUCCUGUGACAUGGCAGCUGACUCCAUUUCAUAAUUCCUUCACCAAAGAUCCAGAAAUGGAGAUUCAGAGUGGCUCAGGAGAAGACAAUGAACAGCCUGAGAACAAAGACAAAAGUAACCCUGUAAUAUGGACCAAGAUCAGUGUACCUGGAGAUGAUGCCUCUAUGGAAAGGACUACAGAAAUGCCACUUGGACCCCUACCAACACCUUAUCUCAGAGAUGAGUCCUCAUGGCCCUCUUUCAGCACUGUGGUGGAAGGACUGCUACCCAACCAAAGGGCCAGUACUCUCAAAAAUGGAACACCCAGGAUAGAGGGGAUGGCCACUGAGAAGCCACCCAGCACUCUUUUCCCUCUGGAAGGAGACCAUGAGCCAGCAGUCUUAGAAAAAUCAUUAAACCAUGACCACCUAGAACUUCCAAAUGUCAUGAAUGUAACACACAGUUCCGAACAAGUUCUGACUGAGGAAGAUGCAACAAGUCUGAUUGCUGAAGGUUUUUUACUGAAUGCCUCCAAUUACAAACAGAUCACAAAGGGCCACAGCCCUGCCUACUGGGUUGUUGGAAAUUGGAGUGAGUGCUCCACCACGUGUGGGCUGGGGGCCUACUGGAGGACCGUGCAGUGCAGCACCCAGCAGGACACCGACUGUGCCACCAUUCAGAGGCCUGACCCUGCGAAGAGGUGCCACCUCCGUCCCUGUGCUGGCUGGAAAGUGGGAAACUGGAGCAAGUGCUCCAGAAACUGCAGCGGGGGCUUCAAGAUCAGAGAGAUUCAGUGCAUGGACAGCCGGGACCACCGAAGCCUGAGGCCAUUUCACUGCCAGUUCCUGGCUGGCAUUCCGCCCCCACUGAGCAUGAGUUGUAACCCAGAGCCCUGUCAGGAGUGGCAGGUGGAACCCUGGAGUCAGUGCUCCAGGUCCUGUGGAGGUGGCAUUCAGGAGAGAAGAGUGUCUUGUCCAGGAGGACUUUGUGACUGGACAAAAAGGCCUACGUCCACCAUGCCCUGCAACGCGCACCUUUGCUGUCACUGGGUCACUGGGAACUGGGACCUGUGCACCACUUCCUGUGGAGGUGGUUCUCAGAAGAGGACAGUCCGUUGUGUCCCCAUGGAAAACAAUAAAACUAAAGAUCAAAACCAGUGUCUGUGUGAUCAUGAACCUAGACCUUCCAAAAUCCAAAAAUGCAACCAGCAGGCCUGCAGGAAGAGUGCUGAUUUGCCCUGCACCAAGGACAAGCUGUCAGCCAGUUUCUGCCAGACACUCAAAGCCCUGAAGAAAUGUUCUGUGCCCACCGUGAGGGCCGAGUGCUGCUUCUCGUGUACACAGACAGACGUUGUCCACACUCAAAGGCAAAGAAAGCAACAGUUGCUCAAACACCCCAGAGCUCUCUAGGUCCAGAAGGAAUCCACCCUCUACCACAGAACACAGCAGCCUGCUGGCUGUGACAUAUGUUAGCCCUGGGGACACUUCAAUGAGGUUUCGCUUUACGUAUUUCAAGUCCAACUUUGGGUCGUAACAAAACAAAAUCCACCGUGUUCCUCUGCCACACAAUUGCAAGGAGGUCUGUGUCGCACUUGCUGCUCCCUUUUAGGAAGGUGAAAUAUCCAGGAGAGUCAGGCCUCACCUGGGCUCAGCUCCUGGGAAAGGUCCUGAUUAGGCAGGUCUGUGAAAUGUCUUUUUCUCCCCCUUAAAGAUAAAAAUGAAGAGAACAGAUUUUUCCCAGACUACCUCAAGAACGUUAGGAAACAAGCCGCACUUAUCCAGGGAACAAGUAAUUUGUUAAUUUACCUUAAUGAAUACAUAAUACAUUUAUUUUUCCUUUCUGCCUGGGGCAGAUGCUGUUUAUAAUGUCAUGGGGGAAACUUUUAGAGGCGGUCCUUUAAUGCAUCCCAGAAGAAGACUUUUCUGACCCAGUAUUCAAUUAAGGCAGAGAGAGAGAAUGCUGGUUACAUCCUUCAGUCUACUUCUCAGUCUCUAUAGGACUUAAUACUUGGGCUUUUUAGAGCACCAUGACAACCUUGAGCCACUAGGUUAAGAGGAAACCAGCAGGAACUGUAGCCUACGAGAUGCAGGUUAUUAUUCAGAAAACAUUUCUGAGUUGAAGAUAAUUUCUAUGAAAACUCUUGUAAAGCAAGUGAACAGAAAUGAAUAUCUUUCUAGUGUUAAAAAAAAAUGUGGGCCUUUAUUCUUUCCAUUUUCCUGGUAAAUACCCACUGGUUCACAGAAGAGUGAAUAAGCCUUUGCGUCUGAUGUUCUCCUCCAGCACACUCCCCAUAUAACUCAGGAGCUCAGAUCCAACCGUCACCUCACUGCAGGGGAGUUCAUGCACUAAAAUUGCUAUGGCCAGGUCCGUAGCUGCCACCUCCCCUCACCUGCCCCCAGGUUGAAAAAAAUGGAUUAAAAGAUCUUAAAGAAAUAGAUAAGUUAUGCUAAGUAUAAGAGUUGAGUACAAACUUCUGGUCUAGGGGAAAAAAAAAUACUAAAAAGUAAGAUAAGGAUAAUUGGUUCCUCAAGAUACCCAGUUGUUACUUUGAAAGGUCUUUUACCUUGGGAGAAAUAGAGGAGUUCAAAAACCUGAAAUGAAAGUUAGAAUUCUUAUUCUGGAUGUAUCUACUACUCACCGAAAGUCAAGGCAGGAAUAAUCUCAAAUUCAGAGCAUAUUUCCAGGUAAGCUGAUUUUUAAAGGGAGAUAUUUACAUGAACUGAACCCAAAGAGAGAGGACCUCCAAACCAAUUCUUGACAGGGGGAAGGCAGAGUUGUGACCUUCAUGCAAUGGGCAGUAUAUUUUCAACCUCAUGCACAGGUACACAUAAUAUUCAUUACAGAGCACAAUAUCCCAUAUCUCCCUUUAAUUAUCUAUCCAUUCAGCAGAAUGGUGCUAUUUAAAAAUGGUGCUAAUAGCUAAGUGGCAGCAGAACUAACAUCCACAUAGAGAUAGGUGUACACAUGGGUAAGUGCAUGUGAAACUCUACAUACACAUCCUCUCUUCAAAUGUAUAAUGGUGUUGCUGGCCAAUGCCAGUUCUGUUACUUACAUGCUCUUAUAUCAUAUGCUUUUUAUUUUGUUCAAGCCAUUAAUAUGUAUUACUCUGAAAAGUUCCUCUGGAAAAUGAAACACUAGGGCUGGGAUGAAAUUCAAGAUAGACCAGAAACAGGAGAAAAGUAUAAAUGUCUACCUAAGGCUAGGGAAUUUAUUCCUUAUUCCAUUUUUUUAUUCUCUACUUUUAAAUAUAAACACUGCUGGCUGAUGACAAUCUCUGGUGACAGUUUUAGAAACUUAGAAGACAUUUAAAUUGUUGGUGGAAUGAGUGAAGGUGAAUAUGAUUUUCUCUAAUGAGGAAAAUCAUAAAGACUGUCCCUGAGGCUUUCCAGAGGAUUAAUUUAGUAAGUUGGAUUGAUUUAACUUAACCUGGUACUGUACGAGCAUAGGGUCAAAUUCAUGUCAUCCGAGGCCUGGGUAUAACAAUUAUAUAAAACUCAGGAACAAACCCAGAUUCCGACUGAACUCAACAAGCUGAACUAGGUCAGAUUUUCCCAUACACAAAAUGGACCACGUUAAGUGUGACCCGCAUGGUGAAGAGGAUGGUAGACAUUA